CCGUAGAGAGACUACACAGGGAGAAGUGACAGCGAGUAGUGAUCGUAUGGUGCAACUGGUGCAUUGGUGGGAUACAGAGAUAGUCGUCAAUAGAAUUGUGCUCAGGCUGAGUGUAUGGAGAGGAAUCUAUUAGUGAGAUAGGUGCGUGUGACAGAUCUGCUGGUGUGAGCGUGCUAGUGACAGGCAUUCCAGGGGAAGCAUGGACAAGCUCCGCAGGGUACUUGCCGGACAGGAGGAUGAAGAGCAGGGUCUUACUUCCCAGGUCUUGGAUUCAACAUCGCUAGGUUUUGGCACUCGAGUAAAGUGGUUUGCAAUAUGCUUUGUGGGUGGAAUUGCUUGUUCUAUUCUUGGGAGCAUAUUCCUGUGGCUUCCUAAUGGAACAAAACUUUUUGCAGUAUUCUAUACAAUAGGAAACAUUGCGGCAUUAGCCAGCACUUGUUUCCUUAUGGGACCUUUGAAGCAACUGAAACGGAUGUUUGAGCCAACGCGAUUGAUCGCCACAAUAGUUAUGCUGCUUUGUCUAGUUUGCACUCUGUGUGCUGUAUUUUGGUGGCAUAAGAAAGGUCUGGCAGUCCUGUUUUGUAUUUUACAAUUUCUGGCAAUGACCUGGUAUAGCAUCUCGUACAUUCCCUUUGCCCGGGACGCAGUUAUGAAGUGCUUCGGUAGCUGUUUGAGUUAGACAAGAUCGCCAACCCAGCCGAGGAAAUGGCUAGAGUAUAUUUUUUGGGUUGUCAGCUGAUUUACUUCCCCCCCUUAAUUUUGUAACAAUAUCCCUUUCCAAUUGAUUUGUACAUGCUAACUUUAAGCGUAUGUGUUACUUUUUUUUAUUAUUUUCAAAUGUUAUAUUUGUAAGUACAUCUAUGUAUAAUAUAAUGUUUCCUAAAACUGCAAUGUAUAUUAUUUUAUACAAGAGUAAUGCACAUUUUAAUACUUGCAGUUUGGGAAGCUGCACUUGGAGAAUAUGAAGCUUGUGAUGAAUGCAGAGAAGAAAAAAAAAAAAGACUUUAAAUGCGUCAAGAUUUUUAUUCUGAUUAUUUCUAGAGUUCUGUUCACUCCGUAGCCUUAAACAAUUUGAACCUUUGUAAAUGUGAUAUAUGAUAUAAAUCUUAUUUUGUCCAAAACAA